AUGUCUGGCGAUCGUGAAAGCAAGACCUUCCUCGCCCGCCUUUGCGAGCAGGCCGAGCGCUACGAUGAGAUGGUUGGCUACAUGAAGGAGGUCGCCAAGCUGGGCGGUGAGCUGAGCGUCGAUGAGCGCAACCUCCUCAGCGUUGCCUACAAGAACGUCGUCGGUACCCGCCGUGCCUCCUGGCGCAUCAUCUCCUCCAUUGAGCAGAAGGAGGAGAGCAAGGGCACCGACAAGCACGUCGGCACCAUCCGCGAGUACCGCACCAAGAUCGAGCUCGAGCUCGAGCAGGUCUGCCAGGAUGUCCUCGAUGUCCUCGACGACAGCCUUAUCCCCAACGCCCAGACCGGCGAGUCCAAGGUCUUUUACCACAAGAUGAAGGGUGACUACCACCGCUACCUCGCUGAGUUCGCCUCCGGCGAGAAGCGCAAGGGUGCUGCCACUGCUGCCCACGACGCCUACAAGAGCGCUACCGAUGUCGCUCAGACCGAGCUCACCCCCACUCACCCCAUCCGCCUUGGCCUGGCCCUCAACUUCUCCGUCUUCUACUACGAGAUCCUGAACUCGCCCGACCGUGCUUGCCACCUCGCCAAGCAGGCCUUCGACGAUGCUAUCGCCGAGCUCGACUCUCUCUCCGAGGAGUCUUACCGCGACAGCACCCUCAUCAUGCAGCUCCUGCGUGACAACCUCACUCUCUGGACCUCUUCCGACAGCGGCGACGCUGAGGGUGCUGCUGCCGGCACCACCGAGGCUGCUGAGGAGAAGAAGGAGGAGCCCAAGGCCGAGGAGCCCAAGGCCACCGAGGAGACCCCCGCUGCCUCCUAA